UUCAUCAGCACAUCAGAGAGACACAGAGACAAGAAAUCACCAGAUAACGCUGACACUUUCAUCUAACAGAGCAAAGAUGCAGUGGAGUCUGUUUCUGCUCAUUCUGAUGGGUCAGUGCUCUGUCUUCACAUGCUCUAUGCUCUAUGAGUACCACUUUAUUAAUGAAACAAAGACCUGGGAUGAAGCCCGGUCGUACUGCAGAGAGAAUUAUACAGACCUGGCCACAGUGUAUGACAUGGCAGACAUGAAGAGACUCACUGACUCACUGGCUAAGAAAGAAAAAAAAGAAGCCUGGAUUGGACUGUACAACAAAAAUGAUUCCAACAAGGCAUGGCACUGGUCUCUGCCUGGGGUGGAGUACAAUGAGACAAACUGGGCUGAGGGAGAGCCAAAUGAUGUGGAUGGAAACACAAACUGUGUACUGAUGACCAAAGAUUACAAAAGGAAUAAUGUUGCCUGCUCUGGCAGCUAUAAAUUUGUCUGCUACAAUGAAAAGGAAUUAGGAGAAAAAUUCUAUUUCAUUAAUAUGACACUGAGUUGGCCAAAGGCUCAGAAAUACUGCAGAGAAAAUCACACAGACCUGGUCAGUGGACUCCAUCAGCUAAAUGACAGCGAGCUCAAGAAUUUGAUACAGCCUGAUGCUAAGCUGUGGAUCGGCCUCUUCAGAAACAAUUGGAUGUGGUCAGAUGGGAGCAAUUCCUCUUUCAGAUACUGGGAUCCAGAGUUAUUUAACGAUGAGGAACAUGAGAGAUGUGCUGUGUUGAGUGAAACAGGAAAAUGGUGCGCUGACAAAUGUGGUGAAAAAAAACCCUUCUUCUGUUAUAAAGAUAAAGUGAUCCUGAUCAAUGAGAGCAAGACCUGGCAGCAGGCCCUGAAUUUCUGCAGAAAGCACCACCAUGACCUGGUCUCCAUCACUAACCUUCACCAGCAGAGAUGGGUCCAAGAGAGAGCCAAGAAAGCCAACACAGACCACAUCUGGCUGGGACUUCGCUACAGCUGCAGUCUGGAUUUGUGGUUCUGGGUCAGUGAUGAGUUUGUCUGCUAUGACCACUGGGACCCAAAACAAGAUCCUGACAAAUGUUACCAAUCUGCAGCCAUGAUGAAAAGAGGACCACAUCACUGGCUCCAAAAGGCCGAUACUGAGGAGUUUAAUUUCAUCUGUACUUUGCAGUAAAAUGUAAAACCUCCUGAACACAGCAGUGACAGACUUCAUAUUUCUGGUGUGUUUUUCUCACCUGCAACAUGCUUACACUUCAGUAACAGUGACCAGUACGUAGUCUUCUCCCUGGGUUUAUUCAAGGGUAGUGUGGCAAAUAUAGAAAUCACAAACCUGACAGGAGAGAAACAGAAUUACUAACACACUGAUUAACUAGAUAAGAAGGAAAUCUUUGCUGUUUUGCUUCUUACAUCAUCUACUUUUUGGUUAAUAUCUGGUGAUGGUUAGAAUAUGCAAAUCACUCUUUUGUCAAAUUACAUUUUUGGGAAUUUUAAGUCAG